AUGACAACGAAGUGUAUCAGAGUAGUUGCGAGUGAAGUGUUAGGGGUCUCGAAGGGCUUCUCUGGCAGACACAAAGGUGAUUGGUGGUGGAGUGAGGAGGUACAAGAGAAAGUGAAAGCCAAGCAAGCGGCGUACUUGACGCUUAUAGAGAGCAUGGAUGAAGAGGCGAAGAGGAUGAACAUGGAGGGGUAUGGGAGGGCUAAGAAGGAGGCGAAGUUAGCGGUUACUGCGGCUAAGACUGCGGCGUUUGGGCGUUUGUAUGAGGAGCUUGGGGCUAAAGGCGGGGACAAGAAGUUAUACAGGCUGGCCAAGGUAAGCGAGAGGAAGGCCCAUGAUCUGGAUCAAGUUAAGUGUAUCAAAGAUGAGGAAGGUAGAGUUUUGAUUGAAGAGGCUCAUAUUAGACGAAGAUGGCAGACAUAUUUCCAUAAAUUCUUGAAUGAAGAGGGUGAUAGGGACAUUGUGCUGGGCAACUUGGAGCACUCCCAGAUGCGCAGGGAUUUUGGGUAUUGUAGGCACAUAAGUGUAUGGGAGGUCGAGGGGGCUAUGCGUAAGAUGCACAGGGGUAGAGCUACCGGGCCAUAUGAAAUACCUGUGGAAUUUUGGAAGAAUGCGGGUAAGACAGGUUUGGAGUGGCUCACUAGGCUGUUCAAAGUCAUUUUUAGGACGAAGAAGAUGCCCGAUGAAUAG